GAUAUGGCUACCUUUACACGCCAAGAGCUACUAGAAAGAUUUACCCCACUCGAAGAGAACCGCUUCAAAACUGACUUCCCAUGCCACAGUCUAAGACCUUGCGAGCCUGAACCAGAGGACAUAAAGAUUGAUUUUGAAUCUAUUCUGAAAGAACUAGAAGAACAGGAGAGAAAUAAGAGAGAAUAUCAGGAGAGGAAGUACCAGAAGAUCAAAAAGAACAAGCAAGACUUCAGAAAUAUGAGAGACGAAGAGAACUUCCAGUUCGUUCCAAAAGAACAAAAGAAGAAGUUUGUGAAGAAGGGAAGAAAGAAGUUCGACUCUAAGAAGAACAUUCAGAGCGAAGCUGAAGAAGCUAAGAAGCCAGUUAAGAAGGUAAUCAAGAAGAAGGUGAGCAAGCCAAUUAAGAAGAAGGAGAGCGAUGAUGAGAUCAAGCCAUUCCCAGACUUUUUGGGAAAGAUGGAGGAAGAAGUCAAAGCUCCAGAGCCUGAAAAGCCAGCUGAAGAAGCCCCAAAGAAGGAAAAGACUGUAGAAAAGAAACCAGAAGAAGAGACUUCUACAAAGAAAGCUGAAGAAAAGAAGGUUACCAAGAAAGCCAAGAAGCCUAAAGCAAAGAAGCCUGCAGUAUCUGCUGCUCCAGCUGAGGAAGAAGGACCUGCCGAUUGGGAUAAUUUAGAAGCUAUGAUUGGCGUUGCUCCUGAAGCAAAUGAACCAGAGAAGCCAAAGGAAGAGAAGAAGAAGACCAAGUCAAAGGAAGAAAAGAAGACUAAGCCAAAGGAAGAUAAGAAAGCUCAACCCAAGACCAAGAAACCAGCUCCAGCUGACAAAGAGGAGGCUAAAAAGCAACCUGCUCCAGCAAAGAAAGCUUCUAAAAAGAAGGCUUCUCAGAAGAAAGAAGCUUCUAAACCAGGAAAAAAGACUGUAAAGGAUGCCAGAAAGGGAGAAGCUGCUAAGGAUGCUGAAUCCAAAGAAGACACUGAAUGGGGUCAGGGAGAAUCUCUUGAGGCAAUGAUGGGUCUCUAAACUAUUCCUUACUUUACCACAAACAUUAGACAUAGUUU